AUCAGACAUUUAUUUCCUGUGGUCAACCAAGAUAUUCUCUUUUACUCAAAUAGAUCUUUGCCUACAGUAUGGAAGGAAGGAGUAACCCCAGUGGAGAGGUAAAAUAUACUACCUGUCCAGACAAGCCUGGAUCCCCUAAAAAACCAUAUACAAAGGGAAAGAUCCAUGCACACAGAGUGAAAAUUGGAUGGGAACCACCCAAAGAUAAUGGUGGGACAUACAUUUCAAGUUAUAGUUUAGAAGUUAGUGAAAAUUCAGAUGUGAAUUUCUGGAACAUAAUCUACAAUGGAACCACAAGGGAAUUUCUAUAUGAUCACCUGCAACCUGGUACUACAUAUAAACUGAGAGUCUUUUGCACUUCGCCUAUAGGCCAAAGCCAGCCUUCAGAUAUAUUGACUAUUCAAACACCUCCUCUUUCUCCUGCAUCUUGCUCUCCUCCACCCUUGAAUGGUAAAGCGAAGUCCAAGGAAACCAAUAUACAAUGUGGUGAGACUUCUUGUGUGAUUGGAAUGACUGCACCUAAAUUUCUUGUUUUGGUAAUAUACGAUCCUGCUAAUGGAAACUCUGAAGCACUUGCAUGUGUCAAAAAGGCAAAAGGUAACCAAGACGACACACAAGGGCACGCUGGCUCUGAAGCAAGCUGCAUAUUUGGAUCUCAUUCAAUGAAGUGUGAAACUGUGACAGUCCCAAGCCCUCCUUCUCAAUGUGGUACACCUGUGCUAACCUGCAAGGGUCCAACCUGUGUUGCUGUUAGUUGGGGAAUUCCUGUAUGUAAUGGUGCUGAAAUCACUGAUUACAGACUAGAGUGGGGACAAAUUGAAGAAUCAAUGCACUUGAUUUACACUGGCCCUUGUCUGAACUAUGAAGUUAAAGGUCUCGUUCCUGCAACUACAUAUUUUUGCAGAGUUCAGGCUGUAAAUAUAGUUGGAGUUGGAAUGUUUGGAGGAACUGGUAUGGUAAUCACACCAGCAACUGUACCAGCAGUAGUACCAAUGCUACAUGAGGUUGAAAACAAAGUUCCUGCCAAAUUGGCAUCAUCUUGCAUUGCUAUUCAGUGGGAGGAACCGGAUUGCCAUGGCUCUCCAAUCACUGGAUAUAACGUUGAAUAUGGAGACAGAAAACUUUUGACUGUUGAUAGAGUAACAGAAUGUCUUCUGAAAAAUCUACAGCCUGAUACCACAUACAAAAUCAGAAUUCAAGCUAUCAAUCAUUAUGGACUAAGCCCUUUUAGCCAAUCAAUAAGAGCCAAAACCAAGCCACUACCACCUGAGCCUCCACAUCUUGACUGUGUGGUCUGUGGACACCAGAGCCUCAAACUGAAAUGGGGUAACUCUUCAAGCAAAGGGUUACUUUCCAACCUUAUAAGCUACAAUUUGUUAAUGGGAGAUCGAUCUGGCAGAUUUUCUAUCAUUUACAAUGGACCUUGUCAGACUCACAAAGUGCAAAGAUUGAGUGAAUAUACUCAAUACAAAUUUAAAAUCCAGGCAUGUAAUGAAGCUGGUGAGGGACCACUGUCUGGUAUCUAUACCUUCACUACAACCAAAACCCCACCAGCCACACUUAAAGCACCUAAAUUACGUCAGGUGAAUAGCAAUAUUUGCGAGGUCAAAUGGGAAUCUUUGGAGCCAAUAAAAGGAGAUCCCAUUGUUUACAAUCUUCAACUUAUCAGUGAAAAAGGAACUGACCUGAUUUACAAAGGACUGAACACUUCAUUCUCCUUUUCGAACUUUCUCCCAAAUUCACAUUAUCGCUUCAAGGUCUGUGCUGGACGCCAAUAUCAGACUUCUGCUGGGAUACAAGAGCUCUGGGGACCAUCUAGCCCCAGUGCUCUUCUCUCAACUCAUAAGCAACAGCCAGGGGCUGGCAAAGGCCGUGGAGGAAAGGGGAGAAGCAGCCCGAGUGAAGAAAAAAAUGAAAAGACCAGGAUAGAGAUGAGUGAUGAUACGUUUGUUCUAAUCCUUGUGAUAGGAUUUGCACUAGUUGCCAUUCUAUGUGCUGUUGCAAUUCAACACUUCCUAAUCAAUUAAUCUAUUUUUUUGCAUUUUUACUUUUUUAGGAAGUUCUAAAAUAAAUUACAUCAAAUAUAGAAAUUGCUAGAUACACUUCAAUUCUUACUUACAAGUAAAUCUCAUUUAGUAGAAAUCCUUACAAACAUUUACCUGAUACCAAAAGAACUGCCUUACUUUCAAGAAAA